UUUACAAUGCGCCUUUCACACGCGCCACGCCGCGAACGAUGAGACAAGUUCGCCGGACGUUUCGACGCUCCGCGAGCACCUCUUGAUUCCCUGCAAAGCGAGUCUCGGUGAGACGGCGACGGCGGUCCUGGUAGCCGUGGGCGGGCAUGAAGAAGCCGAGCGCCCCGCUCACCGGGAAACGGUAGCGUACUGCGGGCACCGCAACUGCACAGGAACAUGGUCGAGAGGAGCAGCAAAUUCUUGUUGAUCGUGGUCGGAUCCGUGUGUUUUAUGCUGAUUCUCUAUCAGUACGUGGCGCCCGGGGUCAUCAAUUUCGGCUCGCCGCACGGCUACUUCGCCGAAGAGGACGAGGGGGACAUCUUCCCCACGCCGGACCCGCACUACGUCAAGAAGUACUUCUUCCCGGUGCGGGAGCUGGAGCGGACCGUCGACUUCCAAAUCAAGGGGGAGGACGUGAUCGUGUUCCUGCACAUCCAGAAGACCGGCGGGACUACGUUCGGCCGCCACCUGGUGCAGAAUGUCCGCCUGGAGGUGCCGUGCGACUGCCGGCCGGGCCAGAAGAAGUGUACCUGUUAUCGGCCCAACCGCAAGGAGACCUGGCUCUUCUCGCGCUUCUCCACCGGCUGGAGCUGCGGCUUGCACGCCGACUGGACCGAGCUAACUAACUGCGUGCCCGGGGUUCUCAACAAGAAGGAGAGCAAGCAAAAAAAUCUAAGCAGGAAGUUCUAUUACAUCACGCUUCUGAGGGACCCGGUGUCGCGUUACCUGAGCGAGUGGCGCCACGUGCAGCGGGGGGCCACGUGGAAGACCUCGCUGCACAUGUGCGACGGGCGCACGCCCACGCCCGAGGAGCUGCCCUCCUGCUACGAGGGCUCCGACUGGUCCGGGUGCACCCUGCAGCAGUUCAUGGACUGUCCCUACAACCUCGCCAACAACAGACAGGUGCGCAUGUUGGCCGACCUGAGUCUGGUGGGCUGCUACAACAUGUCCACAGUGCCCGAGAAGAAGCGGGCCCAGCUCCUCCUGGAGUCGGCCAAGAAGAAUUUGCGAGACAUGGCCUUCUUUGGCCUGACGGAGUACCAGAGGAAAACCCAGUUCCUCUUCGAGCGGACCUUCAGGCUGCGCUUCAUCCGGCCCUUCAUGCAAUACAACAGCACCCGCGCCGCCGGGGUGGAUCUGGACAACACCACGGUGCAGCGCAUUGAGGAGCUGAACGAGCUGGACAUGGAGCUGUACGACUACGCCCGCGACCUCUUCCAGCAGCGCUACCAGUACACCAGGCAGCAGGAGCGCCGGCUGCAGCGCCUCAAGAACCACAUGCAGCAGAGCCACCAGGGCCCGGGCCUCAGCCUGUGGCCCUCGGCCCGCCGCUGCCCCCCGGGCUCCGAGCGGGACGACGACGGUGACGAGGAAGAGGGCGGCCGGACGGAGGAGGCGGCGGCGGCGGCGGGGGGCGGCGGGCGGCUCCCCACCGAGGACUACAUGAACCAGAUCAUCAACCGCUGGUAGCGACCGAUCCGCCGCUGCUGAGACUGCUUUUGCAUUUCAAGUGACCAUUUAAAAAAAAAAAAAAAGAGAGAGAGAAAGAAAAAAAAAAAAACUAAGUCGGGUUGCGCCGUUACUAUGACGACCAGGGGCCGUCUGGCUCGGGGUUCGCCCAUUUAUUAGCGCUCGCCCAUCACCCCGCCGCUGAGUUCCUCUGUAUCUCCCGCCAUCAUUAGCGACUGAUAUUUUGAAAGACGCUGACAUCCAUUUGUCUCUUCCUCAAAAGUGUGAAUUCGUGGAUCAGACGGCGAUGGAUCCGCGAUAUUUCCUGGACAGUGUGCUCCAAAGCCCACAUCGCCCACUUUUCGGACCAUUUUAGCUCAUUGUGUCUUCUGUGUGGGUUGAUGCUUUUUUAAAAGCAGAAUUGUAGUAACACUGAGACCAACAUGGCUGCCUGAAGAUUCCUUCUUUACUAUGGAAAGCUGGUUGAGCAUUUUGUUUUCCAUAUCCUCAAUGUCCAGCUUAAGGUCCAUAUACUAGUACACUCGCAGACAAUAAAUGCUCAAUCAGAUUUAUGAAAAACUGUUUGAGCAUUUAUUGGAUAUACUUUACCACUAUUAAUGCCACUUUGGGUCUUAGUAUGCAAUCAAAUCUAAGUUGUAAACUACUGUGCUGCGCUAUGUAACACUCCUUAGCCCAGUUGAAGGCACUAGUUUGAACAAUGAUACUAGUGAGACAGUCGUUCUACUAGAGCGCCAAAUAGUCAAGGAUAUCGAAUAAAUGCUCAAACGGCUUUCCAUAUGUACUUUCUUUUUUUGUUGUGGUCGUUUGUUUAGUUUUAGUUGGCGUCCGAGCGUCCUUGCCCGCUGGAGCGAAGCUUCGCCUCGCGCCGGCGUUGAGGGACCUCUCUCCUGUUUCACCUGCAGAUUUCCGACAGCCAAUUAGCACGGCUCACUCCCGUCGGUCGGGAAGGCCUCAAACUCCGCGCACGAGGGAGGGAAGUGGCGCUCGCCAUGGCGGCCGCUGCCCUUCAUUUUGCGAGGGGCAUUUUUCAGUUUCUCUUAUUUUUGUUUUGUUUGUUUUCCUCUUAUCUCUCCUCCUCUUUCAGACCAAAAGGGUGGUUCAUUAGCUAUUUAACAGCUUUGAAGCGCAGAGGCGGCAGUGCCUCCAUGCGUUGCGCAUCGGGGACGGGGAACCUGCGGUGUGGGGGCCAUAUGUGGACCCCCCGCAGAGGGCGUUAGGUCCGAAUCUGAUGUCCUCUGCCAAAAGAAAGGAAGCCGCUCCUCAUUGAAUAUUACACUAGCUCAGUGAUUCCCAACCUACUGUACAUACUGGGUUUGGUUAUAAAAAGUAUAUACAGUGUUAUCCUACAUAUGCUGAUUUUUAUUUUUAUUGUUUUUUUUUGGGGGGGGGGGGGCUAUCCUCCAUUUUUCGCUAAACAAAAUGCAUAUACCCAAAAAAAAGGUUUAUAAUUGCCUAUGGCUGCCACGUCUAAUAGAAAAGUAGUGAUUUGGCGCCAUUUUGCGGCAUCUGAAGGCCAAGAAACUAUGACGGAGUGGCGGACCUUCCGUUAGACAGGCUAGUCGCUGCGAAAAUGCUAAAUUUGACCUCGUGACUUUAUUUUAUUUCUCGUGAAAACCACUUGCUGUACUUAUUUUAAGACAGUUUUGACUUCUUUAAAAUUUUUCAGCAGGGCAAAAAGGACUUCCUACUGUAAGAAUCUUAUCAAGUCGAUUAUUGAGUUCCAUUGGCAGAUUUCUUUUUUUUUCACUUAUUUUAGGAAUAUUUUUUUUACGUUUUGAGGUCUCACGGAAAUUCUAAAGCUUUUAUGGAGGCGGGGUGUCAAUUACAGUUUUUCGCUAUUUGCGGUGUUGACACCCACCAAGAAAGGUUUAUAAUUGCCUAUAUUAACCUUCUAACCGAGUUUCAAUAGUAACUAUACCACAAACUAUGUAUUAGCCAAAAUCACUGAUAAUUUUCAGACUCAACUCAACAUUACCAUUAAAAUUAAAUGUCUUACAGAUGAUUGGAUUAAAAAAAAAAAAUUUUUAAAAAGAUACACCAGCAAAAACACGCAUGUGCACCGAAGACUCGACGUAACUUCUAACAACCCAGGCUAAACUUAGCUCCUCCUUGAUUGGCAGGAGCCAAUCAAGUGAAAUUGGAUCAUUUCGCACGGCGCAGUGGUUGGGAAUCACCGCGCUAGCUUCCCCGACCGACCCUGGUUUCCAUAAUACGAUUGCCAGUUAACAAUGCCAGUUCUUGACUCGUCAUACCGUGAUUGGUGCGUGUGUGCGUGUGUGUAAAUACGAUAUACAGUACGCCUCCUACUGGCGUAUGUGUAUGCCUUUGUAAAUAGUGUGCUUGACUGAAUGAGCGACGACUUUCAUGACUAAUAAUAUUUGUGUUGUUUAAUCAGUGGCGGUGGUCAACCUUGCUGCUAUAGCGACCAAUCGCCCCCCCCCCCGCCCCCCUGCAGGGGAUUGUCCUGCUAUAAUCCUUAUUUAUAUCUUGAUUUAGUAAAUCUGGCCCCUAGUUUGCAUAUGUUCACUCUUAGAAAAUGACAGGUUGGGUUCUGAUGGCAUUUUUGAGGAAUUUAUAAUU